AUGAAAGAAGUUUAUUCUAAAUUCGAGUUUACAAAUAUCAAGUGCACAUCUUUGGAUCCGGAUUUUUGCAACUUUGAGUAUUGUCGCCUAAAGUCGGUGAAUCGUACUUAUAAAUAUGUCACGCUUAAAGUGAACUUGUAUAAGAUUCCCAUUACCAAAGCUGGGCUGAACUUUGCGUUCUUCAAAAGAUACAAUGGCUAUCAGCCAUUCCUCUAUAACAUUUCUGUGGAUGUCUGCAAGGUUAUAAAGUAUCCAAAAUCAAACCCUGUAUUUACAUUUGCUCACAGUCUUUUCCGGGAUAGCUCCAACAUAAAUCAUACAUGUCCUUAUAAUAACGAUCUAAUUGUUGACAAGCUCUCUGCCGAAUUUGUCAAUACGCAAUUCACAAAAACUUUGCCUUUUCCCCAGGGAGACUACCUUUUCCAAACCAUCUGGUUAGCGGAUAAUAUAAGGCGAGCCGAGGUUAAGGUCUACGGCACUCUUUCUUAAAAACAAAUAUCUGUAUGCUUUAUUAGAUGCCCCCCUGCUAAAAC